UUAUUCGUAUGGCUUGCAGGUUAUUCGAAAGUGCUGACCAUACAGCCACCUACGCUAAAUUCCGGUCUUUCUGGACAACGGACAUCACAGAUAGGAUUUUAACAUAUCUUCGGGAGAAGUUACCAGCACCAUAUGACCAUGCCAUAGAUGUCGGUUGUGGCUCAGGUCAGUUUACACAGCUUCUGGCCCCUCACUUUAAACAAGUGACGGGUAUAGACAUCAGCGCUAAUCAGGUUUCAGAAGCAAUCAAAGGGAAUCAUAGAAAGAACAUUACAUACAAAACGGGUUCAGGCGAAUGUUUUCCAAUAGCUGACCAGUCUGUGGAGCUAGUUACCUGUGUUCAAGCUGCCCACUGGAUUGACAUGGACAAGUUCUAUGCUGAAGCUUACCGGGUGCUAAAACCGAACGGCUGUGUAGUUUUGGCGACACAUAGCACACCCAUUUUAGACUCUAAUCCACAUGGAAACCAAUUGACCAAGUAUGUGACACUCUACGAAGAAAAGCUCUGGGAGGCUUCUUGUUGUGACGAAAGAAUGAAACAUGUCUACAACAGGUACCCGGAUGAUGUAUUUGCCUGUAGACCACCACUGGAAGACCACCUUAGGGAUGAGACAAUAACUCUUGAACAUGACCUGAAAGUUGAAAAUAUCAUUGGAUUUUUCAGAUCCAUGAGCCCUUACGUAAUUUACGUUAAGAAAUACUCCAACGGGGAAAUACUGGAGACGCUGCAAAGAGACAUACUGCAAACACUGGGCGGGAACGCCACUUUGGAUACCAAGCUGCGCGUCACACUACCGGUUACUUUGCUGUUAAGCAGAAAACCAGGUUUUAAGACGUAAUUGCCACAUAACCUGUCCUCAUAACAGACUUCGCCGAACUAAUCCAUGUUCUGUUUGAUUUGCCAUUUUUUGUACACGGUGACUUGUUUUAUGAAAGGUUGGCCGAGACAGUUCAUUUUCCUUUGCUUUCCGAAUAAAUUUAAAUGAUGUUAGUGAAAUAAUAUGGAAGAUUACCAGAACAGUUAUGGAGUUUGAAAUUGAAUUUAAUUAAAAUCAUAUUAGAUAUCACCCUUUAAUGUACUAGUGAAAAACACUCGAUCCACAAUCAAACGAUAUGGAAAUUGAAUAGAAGCAAUGAACUUGGGGGGUCUCAGGUUUCUUAAACCCCCCC